CAGUACAGUUCAGAGGUCACCGAAUUCCGGAAGUUGUUGGCUGCCUCCGGUGAUGCAGCUAUCCAAACCGCUUAUGUUUUUAACAAAUUGGCCGUUUGACACCGCCAAACGGGAUUAAUAACAGGUUUCAUCAGCAGUAAAUAUGACGCCAAGAUGUUUGAAGAUAUGCUUUUUACCCGAAUAGCCUCACGAAAGCAACAUAAUCCACAUCCACAUACCAGGAAGUGUUUAUGAAGGUAACGGCCAGCUACAAGUGGAUCCCGGACACAAUGAGUGCUAAAUAUGGCCUAGUAGGGUACAACAGUUCGCGGAAGCACCUUUCAAUAUCGAUCCCGUCAUCCACAGAAGUGAUGUCUCCUCAUAUUAAGUCACUGGAGGAACUACGGGUUCUGGGAAUCAGCCUUAGCAACUACAGUACCCCUACACAGUUUUUCAUCUGUGUGGCUGGAGUCUUCUUCUUUUACCUGAUAUAUGGAUACCUACAGGAGUUAAUAUUUUCUGUGGAGGGGUUCAAGCCCUUUGGUUGGUAUCUGACUCUGGUCCAGUUUGGUUUGUAUUCUGUGUUCGGACUCAUGGAGCUUCAGCUGACUCAAGACAAACGCAGGAGGAUACCUGGGAAGACGUAUAUGGUCCUUGCCUUUCUAACAGUAGGCACAAUUGGCCUUUCGAACACGUCCCUGGGUUACUUGAACUACCCGACACAGAUCAUCUUUAAAUGCUGUAAACUCAUUCCUGUCAUGAUCGGAGGUGUAUUUUUACAAGGUAAACGUUAUAAUGUGGUCGACGUGUCUGCUGCUGUCUGCAUGAGUUUCGGACUCAUUUGGUUCACGCUCGCUGACAGCCGAGUGGCGCCCAACUUUAAUGUCACAGGUUUUCUCCUAAUUUCCGUGGCACUGUGUGCAGAUGCUGUUAUUGGAAAUGUGCAGGAGAAAGCCAUGAAACUUCAUAAUGGUUCCAAUUCUGAAAUGGUUUUGUACUCGUACUCCAUCGGCUUUGUGUACAUACUGACAGGGCUGACCUGUGUGGGCGGGCUGGGACCAGCAGUGGCUUUCUGUUCAAAGGAACCUCUGAAGACGUACGGUUAUGCAUUCCUUUUCUCUCUGUCGGGUUAUUUUGGCAUCUCCUUUGUGUUGGCCUUAAUUAAGCUGUUCGAUGCUCUGGUUGCUGUUACAGUGACCACUGGGCGGAAAGCCAUGUCAAUUGUUCUUUCAUUCGUGUUCUUCACCAAGCCCUUCACUUUUCAGUACAUCUGGGGCGGCCUUCUGGUGCUUUUUGGCAUCUUCUUGAAUGUUUACAGUAAAAACCGUGACAAAAUGAAGUUUCCCUUCAUCAAGGACCUCAGUAGAUGGCUGCUAACGGGGAAAAAAGUCCAACUUCAUUCACAAAAUGUAUGAGAGGUACCCAACGGAUCCCGUCACAUGAAGUUGGGUCUCAUACAAUCAAGAUGGAGCAAAGAAUGUGUGGUCUUUUCACACCAAUCCAUCUCACGUGACUGACAUGACGCCCGAAUUUUGUAUCUCUCUACCAGGAGACAAAUUUGUGCAGACUAAGACUACCCCAAAUGAAAAGAUCUGUUAAUAUAAAAAGAGAUUAGUGUCUUUGUUAGGCUGUUUUUAUAUGUAUACCAACACACUCCCAAUGUGGCAGCAACACUAAAGACCUACUGACCAAAUCAGUUUUGCACUGGAAAAGCGGGAAGAAAAGCGGCUGAAUGAAGAACUUCAUUGUACCCCGUGCCAGAAAGAUUAGAAGAUUUAAAAAAAAAAUAAAAAAAAUAAAUGUUUUUUUGUAAUACUCAGAAUCUCUCAUUACAUCAAAUGGUGAUGUUUAGGAGUGUUGCACUCGACGACCACACUCCGCUAACUGUUUGGAUGAAGGCUUACAGCUCUUUUUUUACAAUAAAAGACAAUAAAUACC